AGCAUAUACAGAAGAAACUGGGCUUGAUCCCUGGAUAAUGUCUGAAACUCCUGAACCCCCACAAAUCGAAAAGACUAAUAAUUACCUUUCACAGGAUUGUGUUAUCAAAAUUUUCAAGUUUCCGGAAGAGAAAGAUAUAAUCCAUGAAACAGUACAUAAACGUUUUCCUUUCUUAUCAUAUACUAAUUCGAAUGCAUGGUACCGAGAUGUUUUUAAAUAUACAGAUUCAGAAGCUAAAUGUCCUGUAUGCAAAGAGGUAUAUACAUGUUUAGGUAUAUGGGGUGAUUGGAGCUGUCUUGAUAAAAAUGAUCACUAUUAUCUUAAUUGUCCUUUUCGCAUUGAUCAAAAGAAAGUUAUAAUCGCUAUACAGAGCUUACCAGAAAUUCAAGUAAGUGUACCAAACAAAAUCAGUAACUCACUAAUUCAUCCAAACAAAACUCGCCUUUAUCAAUAUGCCAUCAAACAUGAAAUGGAUCCCGAGAAAUCUUUGGUCAUUACUGAGGCUGAGAAAAAAAGAUGGACCAUGGGAUGCUUCCGUGGUGACCUGGAGAGAGAUAUAUGCUGUUAUCGUGAAGGAAUAAAAAGGAAUGAAGAUACUAGAAAAUACCAUAAAUUUUUAACAGAUUGGAAAAGACUGACUGGCGAAGAGUUAUUACAUCAUGGUAUACUAAAGAGUGGUUUAACUGAAGACGCCACCAUGGUCGCAUGGCUCAAAGAGUCUACACUUCACAAACCCAAUGUGUUACAUUAA